AUGGAACGAGAUAUUAGGGAUGAGAAAUAAAAGUUUACAAGAUAGAAUCUCAAUAGUAUUAUUCCAAAUGUCUGUUACUCUUGUUCAUACAGUGAUUAAGCUCAAACUUAAAUAACUUGUGGAUACUGCUUGAUACUUACUAUAAAGAUGAUAAAGGUGCAUGUUAAUUAUGUUCCUUUCAACAAGUUGUUAAAGUGUAGCUACAAUAGUUAAAAUAAUCCAAGUGUAAUUUGCUCAUCAUGUUCAACAAAUUUUAAACUUAUUAACGAUUCAUUAAAGUGUGUGUCACCUCUAGCUAAUUGUCUUGAUUACAGGUUCAACAAAUACAGUUCAAAUAAGGCUGAUUGUAAGAUUGGAACAAAUCCUAUCGUCACAUGUUAACCUAAUCCAACUUGUCUACUGGGCUUUUACCUUAAUGGAUAAUCUUGUCUUCCAUGUAAAUAAGAUGCAGGUAAUAUUACAGGAUCCGAAACCUGUUGUGGUCUUGGAUUGAUUUUUACAGCUGGAACUCCUAAUAGCUGUGUUACAUAAACUGGAGCAACUGGAAAGUAAUAAAUAUUGGCAUCAAAUGGAAAUGGUGAAACUUCAAAGUUUUGUGAGGCUUGCAUAAGUAAUUGCGAUAAUUGUACUGAUGCUACCACUUGCAAAACAUGUUCUCUCGACUAUGCAUUACUCAAAACUAAAAGUGGUGUAGAAUGUGUGUUGAUCAAAUGUCUUGUAGUUGAUUCUACUAAAGGAUGCACUUCUUGUUAAUAUGGAUUCUAUUUAUCAACCAUCAAUGGCAUUGGCUAUUGCUUAUAAUGCUUAUCUCCAUUAACUAAUGUAAUAUCUACAAUUUAUUUUCUAUUAUUCUAAGCCUAUUCCAAUUAAGCUCCUAAUGUGACAGUUUCACCUGCCGCUCCAUUCCUAUGUUCAAAUCCUGUAGACAACCUUUUCACAUCAGCAACAACAACACAAUAAUAAUGA